ACAGCCGCGCGGGCCCGGGGCUUUAAGCGUAGGCGACGGGACUGAGCGCAGCCGGACUCGCGGCUCAUUCUGGUCCCCGCCAGCCGAGAACGCGCAACGAAGUCUCCGCGAUCGGGGAGCAGGAACGCGGGCGCGCGAGCACCAUGGACGCGCCGAGACCCAAGGAGCUCGCGGCCGGGCCCCCCAAGCAUCCCGCGUGGGGCUGGGCCCGAGCCUGGCGGGGCUGGGGCCCCGUCGAGUUGGUCCUCUUCUUAGCCAACUUCGCGGUGGCCCUGCAGCGGCCGCUCACCACCCAGUACCUGUGGCACCGCCUGGGCGAGGAGGUGGGCUACAACGGCACCAGCCGGGAGGGCGGCUGCAACGACACCGUGGACCCCAAGCAGCAGGAAGUGGAGACCCUGACCUCCCACUGGAGUCUCUACAUUGAUCUGAGUGGCUUCUUCGUGGGGCUUUUCUCGGCCACCCUCCUGGGCCCAUGGAGCGACCGGGUCGGGCGGCGGCCGCUGUUGGUGCUGGCCUCCUUCGGCCUCGUCCUUCAGGUCAUCGUGUCCAUCCUUGUCGUGUCCCUGGACCUCCAUGUCGGCUUCCUCGUGCUGGGCCGCCUGCUCUGUGCCUUCCUAGGAGACUACAGCUCCCUGCUGGGCACCGGCUUUGCCUCCGUGGCUGAUGUCAGCACCCCUCGCUCCCGCACCUUGCGCAUGGCUCUGUUGGAGGCCUGCCUGGGGAUAUCCGGCAUGCUGGCCAGCAUUGCAGGGGGCCAAUGGAUCAAGGCUCAGGGCUACAUCAACCCCUUCUGGCUAUCACUGGCCAUGCUGAUCACCACCACACUCUAUUGUGCGUUUGUGUUCCGCGAGUCAGUGCCUGAUCCGCAGAAGGCUUCCCUCUUCACUCUCCGGCAUUACCGGCUGGUGUUCCAGCUCUUUGCAACCCCUUCCCCAGGGAAAUCCAGGAAACAUUUGGCUCUCUACCUGCUGGCCCUCUUCCUGGUGCUCACCAUUCAUUAUGGAACCUGGGACAUUGCCGUCCUGUAUGAGCUAAGCUGGCCCCUGUGUUGGGGCUCUGAUCUGAUUGGCUAUGGCUCAGCUGCCCAGCAUCUCUCUUACAUUGUCGGCCUAGUACAGCUGUGGGUCCUCCAGCUGUGCCUGAAGGACAGCUGGGUGGCAGAGGUCAGCCUCACCUUCAACAUUGCAGGAUUGGUGGUGUUUUCUCUGGCCAAAACCACGGCACUAAUGUUUACAGGAUAUGGGAUCCUCUCGUUCUCCUUGGUGGUCACACCGGUGAUCCGAGCCAAGCUCUCCAGGCUGGUGAACAAGACGGAACAGGGUGCUCUCUUCUCGGCCAUCGCCUGUGUGAGUGGGGUCUCCAUGCUGGCAGCAACAGGAAUCUUCAAUUCCCUCUAUCCAGCCACCCUGAACUUCAUGAAGGGCUUCCCCUUUCUCUUGGGAGCUUUUGUUCUUCUCAUCCCGGCCAUUCUGAUUGGGGCACUGGAAAUCUUUGACCCUCGACCUGAAUACCAGCAAACAUUUCACUGAAGCCCCCUAACCCACCCUCUGAGACCCAGAAGAAGAGGUGGAACUCCUGAUCGCUGCUUCAGCAAAUGAGAGCAGAGGGCAAGACAGCACUUGGCAUCAGGACAAGUGUGGACUUCUACCCCGGAGGGCUUUACCCAAGGCCUUUCUGUCCUUAGAAAAAAUGUAGUCAGACUAGUUGGUUAGGUAUAGCCAGACUGGCCUUGGGCAAAAUUGUGGGGGGGAAAAACUUCCUUUUUUUUUUUAAAGCAAAAUUGGAAGUAUUAAGAAAUAACAUUUCUCUGACCUAAAAAUCCUGCAAACAUCUCUUUAGGGAAGUGGGUAGAACAAAAGCCUUUCUGAGAGAAAUGGAUCAAGAUUCAGACUGUUGUGUUGUGUCUGACUCUUUAUGACCCCAUUUGGGAUUUUCUUGACAAAGAUACUGGAAUGGUUUGCCAUUUCUUUCUCUAGCUUAUUUUACAGAUGAGGAAACUGAGGCAAACAGGGCUUAAGUGACCAGGGUCUUACAGAUAGUAAGUAUCUGAGGCUGGAUUUGAACUCAUCUCCUCGGGUACUGUAUCCACUACUGAUGCCUACUUGCUCCAAGACCAUAACUGAACAACUCUUAUCUACGGAUCAUUGCCUUCUCUAUCCUUGAAGAGAUAAGACCCAACCUAGGGAAGUGCCUUCAAUUCCUCUGAAAGAAGUGGGACUUUUCUUCUCACAUUCUGAUAAGACUCUCCCUGAGGAUCUCUGAGAAGAGACCUUUGGAUUCCUUGAAGGGGCUGGGAUUUUGACUCACUUAUCUAACUAUUCUGGAAUUUUUACUCAAACUGUAUUUUUACAUAUUGUGAUUUUUCUAUUUCAAGAUUCCUUUCAACAUUACCUGAAAUUAUUUUGGGAUAGAGUUAUGUCCGAGUGCAUAGGACAGUUUGGACAGCUCUCUCUCCAAGCUAGAAAUGCUUGGAAAUGAGAUUUGUGUUGGAUUAAAUAACAUUUUUCUAGCAGAGUUGAUCCUGAAACACAAGAGCAUGAACGUAACAUUAUGUUUUUUUACUUUGACAAUGAACACUUCCUCCCCAACGUCUCCUAUCAGGCAAUCAGAGAUUGAGAUUGAAAGGAGGUCCAUUAGGAGCCAACUGGUGUGGCCCCCUCCAUUUUGUAGUGUUCUCUGACCUCUUUUAAUAAUAAAUAAUAGUAACUAACAUUUACAUAUACUUUAAGGUUGGAAA